AUGGCCGUACCAAAAAAACGAAGAAGCUUAAGUAAAUGUAGAAAAAGAAGAAAUACAAUUUUUUUUGAUAAAUUAGUUGGUAACUGGUUAAAAAGAAGGGAAUGGUUUUUCAGAAACUCGUAUCAAAAGACAAUUUUACCUGUCGAGCCUCAACCUGAGAUAUUUAAAUUCACAGGGUUUUGGCCAAACAAAUUUGUUCAUCAAAUAUCAUCACAAAUUAAAAAAAUUGUAAAAUAA